CUUGAAAUGAGACUACAAUUCCCAGAAUGCAAAGCAGCCAGGUCCCAUGGGGAAUGACAAUGAUGCAUGCUGGGAGAAAACAGGAAUUUCUGUGUCUGGAUUGCUUGACGUAGUUUUCUAUCCUCUCUCUAACUUCUGUCUCUACCCAGUUUAAACUCUUAUAACAUAUAACAAAGAUUCAGAGACUGUGUUUAUGAUUCCUCUUCAUACCUAACGGAUUCUCUCUACCUCACAAAAACACCCCCUCCAUAAACUUCCGUUUCCGGCUACCUAGUUGCCUUGGAAACUAGCACGCGCUCCAGUUUUGGCGGCUAUGGCUUGGCAAAGCAGCUCCAAAGUACCCGACGGUGAGUUCACGACGGUGGUGUACCGGCUCAUCCGCGACUCCCGCUACUCAGAGGCGGUGCAGCUGCUGGGCGCCGAGCUGCAGAAGAGUCCCCGCAGCCGCGCCGGGCUGUCGCUGCUGGCCUACUGCUACUACCGCCUGCAGGAGUUCGAGCUCGCUGCAGAGUGCUAUGAGCAACUGAGCCAGAUGCACCCGGAGCUCGAGCAGUACCGCCUCUACCAGGCCCAGGCGCUGUACAAGGCCUGUAUGUAUCCAGAGGCCACGCGGGUCGCCUUCCUCCUGGACAACCCCACCUAUCAGACGCGUGUCCUUCGUCUCCAGGCUGCUAUCAAGUACAGCGAGGGCGACCUACCAGGAGCCAGGAGCCUGGUGGAGCAGCUGCUGAGUGGAGAAGCUGGAGAAGACAGUGAAGGGGAGAAUGAUCCAGAUAGUCUGGUCAAUAUGGGUUGUCUGCUCUACAAGGAGGGACACUAUGAAGCUGCCUGUUCCAAGUUCUUAGCGGCCCUGCAGGCUUCUGGCUACCAGCCUGACCUCUCCUACAACUUGGCUUUGGCGUAUUACAGCAGUCGGCAGUAUGCCCCAGCUCUGAAGCAUAUCGCUGAUAUAAUUGAGCAUGGCAUCCGUCAGCACCCAGAGCUAGGUGUGGGCAUGACCACUGAAGGCAUUGAUAUUCGAAGUGUGGGCAACACUGUAGUCCUUCAUCAGACUGCUCUGGUUGAAGCCUUCAACCUCAAGGCAGCCAUAGAGUACCAACUGAGAAACUAUGAGGUAGCCCAAGAAACCCUUACUGACAUGCCACCCAGAGCAGAGGAAGAGUUGGACCCUGUGACCCUGCACAACCAGGCUCUGAUGAACAUGGAUGCCAGCUAUGACUUUGGCAUCUCUCGGGUUAUCAAAAGCCUGGAGCCUUACCAUAAAAAGCUGGGAACUGAUACGUGGUAUUAUGCCAAAAGAUGCUUCCUGUCCUUGCUAGAAAACAUGUCAAAGCACAUGAUAGUGCUUUGUGACACUGUUAUUCAAGAAUGUGUCCAGUUUCUAGAACACUGUGAAAUCUUUGGCAGAAAUAUUCCUGCUAUUUUAGAACAGCCCUUGGAAGAAGAGAGAAUGCACAUUGGGAAGAAUACAGUCACGUAUGAGUCCAGACAACUGAAAGCUUUGAUUUAUGAGAUCAUAGGGUGGAAUACAUAGUAAUUUCUGUUAAUGACUUUAUUAUAAAAGCUUUAUUAUCUUGGCAUUGUCUUUUGUCUCUAAGCUUUAGCAUUUUCAUAUAGUUUAUAUAUUAUACAUUGUUUUCUUUAAAUGUAUAUUCAGUUAGAUGCGGCUUUUCCUCAUGAGAAACUUCACCAAAUGAACAUAAUAAAUGAAGCAUGUAUUUAAAAUUUCAGAACUGAACGGAGGAAGUACCAUCUAAUAGAGUUUAUAAUGUUGGCAUCUUUUUAUUUUUGUUUUCUUGUGUAUUUUAUUGUGUUUGGGAAGAGCAUUACAUCCAUGGAGGACUUGUGUGGACCCUGGACCUUAGUUAUAGUACAUUUGAGCUUUGGAAGUAAUUUCAGAGAGUACAUGUUCUGCUUCAGUUUACAUUCAUGAUUAUUUUAUUUGUAGUGUAGAAGUUUUGCACACUUGUAGAUUUUAAAGGGUUUUUGUUUUGUUUUGUUUUGUUUUGUGGGGUUUUAGGAGUUUUGUUUUUGUUUUAGCAAGGAGUAAUGUUUGACAAUAAUUUUUAUGUUCUUAGUGGUUUUUCCUAGAAUGUGCAAAAUUCAAUGUGAAAUUUUGUUCCUAAGCAAAACUGUAGUCCUGUGGUUUGAAGGUAAUAAAUAAUUGAAAAAUA